GGGCCUCACGCACAGUGUCUGGUUUCCCGCGAAAACCUCAACGGUCCAAAAUCGGACCUUCAUCGCACUCUCUCUCUUCUCUCUCUCUCUCUCUCUCUCACCGUUUUCUCCUUCCCUGGUCUCCAAUGGCCACCGCCGCCUAAUAUCCUCUCUCUCUCUCUCUCUCUCUCUCUCUCUCUCUCUCUCUCUCUCUCUGUUUCUAUCACAGCGGACUCCAAUUAAUGUUGGUCUCCGCAAUGGAAGAUGAAUAGAUUCAUCCCCACACACUCGUAUCGGUUCGGCCCCUUCCGGCGCCUGUCUCAGCCCAUCACCGACCUCCACAACGACCCCCACCUCAAUCCCUUCUACAUCCUAUGGCAUUACCAGAUCUUGGACCCAGGCAGCGAGAUCGUCACUCACUGGAACCACAUCUUCCUCAUCACCUGCCUCCUCGCCCUCUUCAUCGACCCCCUCUACUUCCUCCUCCCCUACGUCGGCGGUUCCGCCUGCCUCGACACCGACCUCAGCCUCGCCGUCGUCAUCACCUUCUUCCGUUCCGUAGCCGAUCUCUUCUACUUGCUCCACAUGAUCAUGAAGUUCCGCACCGCAUUCAUCGCCCCCAGCUCUAGGGUUUUCGGCAGGGGAGAGCUCGUUAUGGACGUCCGCCAGAUCGCCAUCCGCUACUUGAAGUCCGAUUUCAUCAUCGAUCUCGCCGCCACUCUUCCCCUGCCCCAGAUUGUGAUCUGGUUGAUCAUACCUGCAUCAAAAGACCCCAAAACCAGUGGCCCCAACAACACCCUGGCUCUUAUAGUUCUAAUUCAGUACAUUCCUAGGCUGUUCGUUAUUUUUCCUUUAAACCGGCGAAUUGUAAAAACCACAGGUGUUGUUGCUAGGACUGCCUGGGCUGGGGCUGCGUACAAUCUCCUGCUCUACAUGCUUGCCAGUCAUGUAUUAGGAACUUCAUGGUAUUUGUUGUCCAUUGGUCGGCAACACACCUGCUGGAAGGACGAGUGUAGAAGGGAGAAUGGCACUUGUAUCCAAAGAUACUUGGAUUGUCGUAGCCAGGAGAAUGUUGACCGCCAAUAUUGGCUGAACAUCACUAACGUUCUGUCUAAUUGUGAUGCUAAAAAUGGUGAUGUUGAAUUUAAGUUUGGAAUGUUCGCAGACGCCUUUAAAGAUGAUGUUGCCUCUACAAAUUUCGUUGAGAAGUACUUCUAUUGUCUUUGGUGGGGUCUGAGAAAUUUGAGUUCAUAUGGACAGAAUUUGACAACUACGACUUACAUUGGUGAGACAAUAUUUUGUAUUGUCAUAUGCAUUGGAGGAUUGAUUUUAUUUGCACAGUUGAUUGGCAACAUGCAGGGGUACCUUCAAUCCAUGACGGUGAGGCUUGAGGAAUGGAGAGUAAAGCGAAGAGACACAGAGGAGUGGAUGAGGCAUCGCCAAUUACCUCCGGAUUUGCAAGAUCGAGUUCGUCGAUUUGUUCAAUAUAAAUGGCUUGCCACGAGAGGAGUCGAUGAAGAAUCUAUUUUACACUCUUUACCUAUGGACCUUCGUCGUGAAAUUCAACGGCAUCUAUGUCUUAACCUUGUUCGCCGUGUCCCGUUCUUUUCACAAAUGGAUGCUCAGCUUCUUGACGCCAUAUGCGAACGCCUAACUUCAUCCCUGAGUACCGAAGACACCUAUAUUGUUCGAGAGGGUGAUCCAGUAAAUGAGAUGUUGUUUAUCAUUAGAGGACAACUAGAGAGCUCCACAACAAAUGGAGGUCGGUCCGGGUUCUUCAACUCCAUCACCCUUCGACCGGGUGACUUCUGCGGUGAGGAAUUACUGACAUGGGCCCUAAUGCCUAAUUCAAGCCUAAACUUGCCUUCUUCGACUCGAACUGUAAGAGCCCUCGGCGAAGUUGAAGCUUUUGCACUUCAAGCAGAAGACCUAAAGUUUGUGGCUAAUCAGUUCAAGCGGCUUCACAGCAAGAAGCUUCAGCAUGCCUUCAGGUACUAUUCUCACCAGUGGAGGACAUGGGGUGCUUGCUUCAUCCAAGCUGCUUGGAGAAGGCAUAAAAAGAGAAGGAUGGCAAAGGAGUUGUCCAUACAAGAGAGCCAGUUCUAUUACAUGCCAGUUCUUGAAAAUGAUGGCAACUAUUACAGUUAUGAGCUAGAUGGUGAUGACAGUGUUCAUGAGGGUUCAUCAGAGAAUACUCCAAACAGCGCUCAGCAUCUGGGAGCCACCAUUUUGGCAUCCAAGUUUGCUGCAAAUACAAGAAGAGGGGUUAACCAGAAGGGCCGCCCGAGUGAACCGGUAUCCACCAGCUUAAAGAUGCCAAAGCUGUUUAAGCCCGAUGAGCCGGAUUUCUCUGCAGAAUAGAGAGAAAUAUGUACAAAGAAAGUGAAGCAACCAACUGGUGCAUGCGUAUUGGGAGAAAGAAGCUAAUGAUCAGAGCUUAGUUAGGAUCCAUUACUUCUUCUUGUUCUUCUCCUUUUUUUCAGUUCAUGACAUGGUAGUAAAUUUUAUUUGUAGAGUAGGAGGACAAACCCAAACAGAACCAGCCUUCCCAUCCCCUGUUCUUGUAUAUGCUCUCUAUAUGAAACAAAUUAUUGGCUCA